UUUUAGCCGUUUUUUCUAUAUAAAAUCAAAUUAUUGACUCAAAAUGCGCCUCACCAAUGUCCUAUUCAAGAAGGUGAAGAGCAAACGCAUCAUGGUCGUGCUGGAGAGCGUGGUCAGCGGGCAUCAGUACAAUGCGUUCCGCGAACGCCUGGCCGAGAAGAUCGAGGUGAUACGCUUCGAUCCGUACAUUCAACAGGAUAGCCUAUACCGCGAGCGCAAGAGAAUCCGCAGCGCCUGAACAUGUAGAAUAAAUAAAUGUUACACCACACAAACACA